AUGCUGCGUCCUCGUCUCCUGGCGCUCCGUCACUCGCGCGCCUUCACCUCCUCUUCCUCCCUCGCAAAGCCCAAGCCAUCCACUCUCUCUACCACUACUACCACUAUCACUUCGACUUCGACUUCGACUUCAUCUACGGUACUGUCAACCGCCUUCUCGCGCAUCCAGGCUUCCUCCCUCGGCCGCGCCCUGCUCUGGUACGGCGACAAGCAGAAGAAAAGACCCUACUGGACGCAGUUCUUCAGCACCGUCGUCAUCUUCCUUCUCUCCGACUUUAGCGCCCAGCUGCUCGUCCCCUGGAUCACCAACGACACCACUCACGAUGACCAGCAAAAGACAAAGACACAAUCAGGAGAUAGUACAGAGACAACGAAAGGGAUCCUAGAAAAGUUCAUGUUCGUCCACAACAACUUCAACUACGCCUCCAAGUUCCUCUCGAUAGCCACCAAAGUCGUCCUCUCCCAGGUCAUCUACGCGCCCCUCUUCAACGUCUACUUCUUCUCCGCCCAGUCACUGCUGUCCGGCGCCAGCUGGGCCGAAACCCUCCAGCGUCUGCAAGUAACCCUGCCCGUCAGCAUCGUCAACAGCGCGAAGAUCUGGCCGGCCGUGUCGGCGUUUAUGUUUCUGUACAUCGAUCCGGCGUUCAGAGCCAUAUUCGCGGGCACUAUCGCCCUCGGGUGGCAGACCUAUCUCUCCUGGCUGAACCAGCUUGCUGCAAAGGAAGUUAGAGAGAGAGAACUCGUUCAUGGUUAUUUAUAUAGAUGGUUGCAUAGAGUUGGUAGCUCGGCAGGCAGCAACAUCUCCUUCUCUCGUUCAUCAACUUCAACUCUACUAUCUAUGUCGUCCUCCUCCUUCGACUUCCUCGAGGGCUGGACAAGCGAUGACAGCCACAGUCUCUCCGCCAGCGAGACGGAGCUCGACAUCUCGCCCGACGAGGCUCUCCUGCUCGCCGACCUUAUCGCCUCCGUCGCCGAUAAGCCGGCAGCUACUGCUACAGGCUCGAGCCAGCAUCAUCACCAGGCCGCGCCAGACAUAGAAGACCAUGAAUACCUGCGUCUGGCGCUGGAGGAGACCUUUCUCCCGGACGACGAUAGCUUCUCGGACAAGGAACAUCAGCAUCAGACUGCUCGCAACCCCAUACAACUAGACGCAGAUAAAGACGCAGAUAAAGACGCAGAUAAAGACAAUGCAGAUGGGAACAAUGGAGAUAGAGAUAGAGACAACGAUGUCCGUGAAGAGGAAGACUCUCGCACACCCCUCGAACGCUUCAGACGGCCCCCCAUGAAAGGCCUGUCAGUCUCCGACCUCGUCUCCCCGGCCUGGUGCGAGCUGCAAUACACAUAUACCCUCCUCCACGGGCCCAAACAGACCACCCCCGCCAUGAAACGCGGCACAGUCGUCCACCAGAAGCUCGAGAACGAAGUACACACCUCUGUGCCCGUGACCGUGCUCAGCAAGGAAGACGCCUGGGCCCUGCGCAUCUGGAACGUGAUAUACGCCCUUCGCACCCUGCGAGAUACCGGUAUCACACGCGAAAUGGAGGUCUGGGGGAUGCUAGACGGAGAGAUCGUGACGGGCGUGAUCGAUUGUCUCUCUCGCGACCGCCCUACUACACACGCUGAUCUGCAUCCCUUGCCCGCGUCGUACUCUGGAGUACGCUCGACUAAACGACUGCAUAACACGCGCGCUGGAUGGGCGUUCGAGCCCAUCGGGCAGAAUAUUAUACCAUUGUGCGAGGAAGGGGGUAUAUAUAUUACUGAGGUCAAGACGAGAGAUGCAGCGAGGACCGGUACGAGGUUACCUGCGCUUGACUCACCUUCUUUCAGGCCUGCGCGCAUCCAGUUACAGCUUUAUUACCACUUCUUGACCCGCAUGGUGGAAUCAGAGGAUGUCAGCGUGUUUGAUAUUGCGGAGAGGUAUGGGCUGAAGCCUCAUGCCCCGCUGUCAGACGCCUUUCUGGCGCAGGUCGGCAGCAUCAAUGACGAUUACUUUGAGAACGAGGCUUGUUCGUGGAGUCAAUCGAGGCCCGAUGAAGGAGGGGAUGGAGAUGCUAGUUCCGUCGGCGAUAGACUGGAUUCCUUGACGGUGCUGUUGAAUCAUAACUCGCUGUCGAAUCUGUGGGAUCUGCUCAAGGAGAAUCUCAGACUGACCUUUUUACGGCCAUCUACGUCUGCUUCUACUUCUACUUCUACGUCUACGUCUACUGCUGCAGGGGAUAACCAGGUGACGCUGCUAUCGCCUAUACUAACAGUGUCAUACGUGGCUCAGGACAGGCCAACCACAGACACGGAAAGGGAGCCAGAAAAUACAGUAUCAAAAGAAGACGGACCAACUGACGCAGAAUCAGGAUCAAACACGCCCACGCCCACGCCCACCCUGUCAGAAACCCACAACCACAACUACACACAACUAGGCACACGCUCGUUCAUCUUCGACCCAGACUCACUCUACCCCUAUCUGAUCGAGGGCUUGGCCUGGUGGCACGGCCGACGGCCUGCUCACGCCAUCCCCGUCUCGCAGGCUUGGAAGUGUCAGUCCUGUGACUUCAGGGGCACCUGCAGCUGGCGCCGGCAGCGGUUCGAGAUGCACAUGCAGAAGAUCCGGGAGAGGGGCAACAGCAACAGGUAG